AAUGAAUCACGAGAUGAAUCCAUGGAGAAUCAGGAAUACGAGGCGGACUCAACUGAUGUGAAUACCAAAGCCAUGGAUGGUGACAACUGUGAAGAUAUUAAGCCAAAUUCAUAUGAUACUAGCAAUAAAGGUGAUAUAUCAAAGGGACAUGAAAUAAAGACUGAACUCCGGGACAGCAGUGACUCAGCAGAGGAGUACGAUGAUGAACAUAAUGAUGAUGAUGACGAAUAUGAUGAUGAAUAUGAUGAGUAUAAUGUUGAGGAGGAUGAUUCUGAUAGUGAUAUUCUAUCUACUGAUUCAGGGAGUGACUACACCUUCCAAGAUGAUAAAAAGGACAUAGAUUGGACACCAGACUUUAAGGAACCGCUUAGCUCUAUUCAAACUAAGAGCAAGAAAAUAGCUGAAACAGCAGAUGUUAUUUCAUCUAAUGAUGAUACUUCUUCAGAUGAUUCAGGUGACAAUGACAGAAGCACUCGAAGGCAUGCCAAAAAGACUACAACCAAAACAACAACCAAUGGAAAUGAGAGACAAUCUGAAUCAAGGCCUCAUAAAACGUGGCGUGAAAAAUACAUUGAUCAAGCCAUUGGAGAAUUCAAAUGCCCUAACUGCCAGAAUAUUCUAGAGACAAAGUUCAAGGUGAGAGAACAUGUGGAGGCCAAGCAUGACCAGUUCAUGUGCCCUUUAUGUGACCAGUGCUUCA